CGGUCUCCGUGUCACACGGGAAUACCUUCUAGGCGCAAGGUGGACGACGAGGCAGGAGGAUAGAGAGCUCAGAGCGGCAACAUGAACCGGAGCCACCGGACUGUGGGCACCAGCAGCAGGUCCCUGGGCACCGUGGAGGUGAAGAGCAAGUUUGGCGCAGAAUUCCGGCGGUUUGCCUUGGAACGGUCUAAGCCAGGAAAGUUCGAAGAGUUCUAUGGAUUACUUCAACAUGUGCAUAAAAUUCCCAAUGUGGAUGUGUUGGUGGGGUACGCCGAUAUCCACGGAGACCUGCUGCCCAUUAACAACGAUGACAAUUACCACAAAGCGAUAACCACGGCCAACCCAUUACUGCGGAUAUUUCUACAGCGAAAAGAAGAAGCGGACUACAGUGCCUUUGGUACUGAUACUUUGACCAAAAAGAAGAAUGUACUUACAACAGUUCUUCGCCCAGACAUCAUCAAAAAGAAGCCUCAUCUUGUCAUUGGGAUGCCCAGCGACUUCAGGCCAGUUUCCUCCAUUAUUGACGUUGACAUUCUCCCUGAAACUCACCGAAGAGUGCGACUCUACAAACAUGGCAUGGAGAAACCUCUGGGAUUCUACAUCCGGGAUGGCUCCAGCGUCCGCGUUACGCCGCAUGGCUUGGAGAAAGUGCCAGGCAUCUUUAUCUCCAGGCUCGUUCCCGGAGGACUCGCCCAAAGCACUGGAUUAUUAGCUGUCAACGACGAGGUUCUCGAAGUCAAUGGCAUUGAAGUUUCCGGGAAGAGCCUGGACCAGGUCACCGAUAUGAUGAUAGCUAACAGCCACAACCUCAUCAUAACCGUCAGGCCGGCCAACCAGCGGAACAACGUGGUACGUAACAGCAGGAACUCUGGCAGCUCUGGGCAGUCGACGGACAGCAGCACGAGCAUGUACAACAGCCUUCCCCAACAACAGAUCAUCCAGAACUACCAUCCCGAGGAGGCACAGAGCGACGAUGAGGACAUUAUCAUAGAGGAGGGUGGCACCUCGGUCAUCCCCAGGGCGGCACAAUCAACUGAGAGUCUGGAGUCCUUAACUCAACACAGUUCUUAUCAUGAUUCCCCACAGAACGGAUUUAUAUCCACGUAUCGCACACACUUAUCUGCCAGCUCCGGCAGCCUGGACCACAUUGGCCAUAACCACAGCACAAAGAUCUUGGAAGAAGAUGGCACCGUUAUUACACUGUGAACGCCAGAUCGGACGUGGCGAAUGGCGCUGCCUCGUUGCACAUUAUUAUUAUUUUAUUUUUUAGUCUUUAGCCUUUUGAUUCGUGUGACAUUCUACUUGCGAAAUCAUUUUUUUAUAUUAUUAAGAAAAUAUAUUGUAUAGUUUAUCUCAUCUGCAGUUCUUGUAUCUCUGGAGAGCUUGCAAUUCUAUUUUUGUGAAAUGAAGGAAAGGAAAAAAAAAUCUUUUUUUUUUUUUUUUUUUUUUUUUUUAAAUGUUGGUUUUACAUUCCAUAGGCGAACAAAAGGCCCCUUCCCCUAUAGCACAGUCAUCAAGGAGACGAGGUGCCUGGAUCUAUAUAUACAAUAUCCUGGAUUUUGUAUUUUCAUAUCUUUGUUUCUAAUUCGAGCAAAAAAUGAAGUGUUCCGUUUGGAGAGGGCUUGGCCGCCAUGAUACGUGGCGUCCGUGUACAAUGAACAGACUUGUUGGUUUUCUACACUGGAAUUGUAUUCAAAACCCAGUUAAUGGGAAGUUGUAAUCAAACCUGUGGACCCCCAAAGUUUUCGACCUGCAGACCAUGCUGCUGGUUGUCACUGGCUUCUUAUCCCUGUCGGGUGCCCUCUGCCUGGAGUCUCUGGUUUUUAGCAUUUAUUGUAUAUGGCUAUGUAUACUGGAUUUGUUUGCACAUCUAGGCAGUUUGCUGUUCGGAAGCAGAUCUGUUUUUAUUUUGUACAUGUCAGGAAGGAAAGCAAUGAUUGGUGGAGUACCUGUCGAUCCCCAGACACUCUUCCAAUCAUAGCUACCUUUCAGCAACUGGAAGAGAGGUGUGAGUGACCAUAGUUUCCCACUGGCAGGGGGACAAGAUGCUUUGGGGGUGGGCAAAAGCAUCUUCUCCUGCCCAUAGUGUAUCAGUCUAAGAUGGCCUGCAAGCCAAUGACCCACUGGCUCCUUAUUAGUGUGCCCCCCAGCAUGGCCCCAGUGUGUAGGCGACAGGUCAGUCUUGGCUAAUAAUUCCCAGCACCCGAUGUACAUGACAUGUAAUGCUGGAUCUGUUGCAUUAAUGUGUUAUUUCUACUGUGACCCCCUAUAUGUCCCCGUAUGCGCCCGCCCAAGUUUCCUGUGUUGUGUUAAUAUGGCUGCUGUGUGGACAGUGACACAUGGAGAACACUCAUCAUAAAAGGAUUCAGUGACUUCUGGGUACAGGCCGGACUCUUCCUCUACUCCCUACCCGCAUGGCACCUGUGCAUAGUCUAACACCAUACUACAAAUGUAUAUAUUAAAUAAGUCUGAUGCUGCUAUAACAGAUGGGUUAUGAUUUUACACAAAGCCGUUUUAUGAAAGGGUUAAUUGAUAACUCCGUCGCCUUUUGGUCACCGACCCAGAGCUCUGCUCCGAAGAAUCCCUGCAGGACAGAGCUUGGUUAAAGGGGCCGUCAAGUUUGUGUUCUCUCAAAUCACCUGCCUCUCCAGUACGGGGAGCUGCGCUGGACGCGGCCCUCUGUUCUGACCACUAUUUUGUAAGUGGGUCACCAACAACAGAGCACCCCCAGUCUUUCUGUUGGCUGAAUGACUUGUAUGUGGGAUGUGGACCUCUACAUAUCUUGUAUCGGACUCUCUACCUCUUUUAAUCUCCUGUUAAACACUGGACGCCAUCACCUCGGGCAUCCUGUCAGUCCGGCCAUCUUUGUUCUGUGCAGUUUCCAGCUUCAAUCUCGUUCACAUCUCCAUUAGGAGAUCCGGCAGGCUGUUCUGGCACAGAGCACCCUGCCAGAUCCCCAUUGACUGCAAUGAGGUACGGCGAAAAUCCAGCUGAUUUCCGGCAUACAUGGCGGGAUGAGUCCAGACAAAAGCAGUUGCUUGCAAAAAAAAAAAUUGUCCAGCCAGGAUUUGCGCCGAAUGUCCAAAACGGAGAUGUGAAUGUAGCCUUACUGAGUUUAUGUUCCUGUUUACUAUAUAUAUAUAUAUAUAUAUAUAUAUAUAUAUAUAUAUAUAUAUAUAAUGCUUGAUUGGGGCUAAUAUUCAGCCGGUAUUAUACGCCAGGGCUGCACUCUGUAUUCUGAUGAUUUUUUACUGGAAACUGUCAGUAAGCUAUGCUAUAAGCUAUACAGACAUCCCCAGCCCUGAAAAAAAAAAAUCUGCAGAAAGCAAAUCAGGGGGUCAUUUAUCAAACUGGAGUAAAGUA